UGGAGGUAACCUUCCAAUAUCAAAGCUGUUGUCAUGUGACGGCCUGGCGGAUUCCACCUAUGUGUGUAUUGCAUUACAAAAAUCCCCGACCAAUAGAGAUUUACAUCGAGUCUCGUCAGACAGCAACGUUCACCUACCCCGCUUUCUUCCCCCUCUCUCCUCCAUAAGGCUGCCACGGAGAUAUUUCGAAGCUUGGAGCCAAACAAGGCAGCGUCACCCCCAGGUGUUCGGUUCUCCAGGAACCCAAAGUCGCCUUCAUCGAGAGUUCUCAUACCGCCGAACGUAGUGUGAACAUGGAAGACCAAUAUUACCAGAACUUUGUCAGCAAUCAAGUCACAGAUGACAUGCUAGAGAAAGCUGCGAAACUCUUCAGCGAGAAUUAUGGGACUUGGGGCAGGGGUUCACACAGCCCAGGGAAGCCAGUUAAACUUGGUACGCGUCAACUACGAGAGCAAUAUCUGCCCGAAUCUGCCGCGACCUUCUACGCCAAGGUGAGCGUUGAUGGGAAGCUUGCCGGAAAUGCGUUUGCCUGCCGCUGGGAACACAAGGGCAAGACCGUCUGCUGGGUGACUCAAUUGGUAGUCGAUAAACAUUACCGUGGGCGUGGGCUUGCGACUGGCCUUCUGCGGGCACUCAGGUUGGAUGGAGACGACUCGUAUGGCAUCAUGAGCUCUCACCCAUUUGCCUGUUUGGCAGCCGCAAAUUCUUUCGGGGGUGUACGCACAUUUUUCACUAUUUGUACGCACUUUUUGAAUUUCAGCCACACGGUUCCACUUAUGCCUGCCGCUUACUAACAU